AUGAAACUAAAAGAGAGCCAUCGCCGUGGUCGAGUGCACACAUUUAAAGCAUACUUGGCAAUAUUAGUUUGCUUUAACACCAAAGCAGUUCAUAUCGAGUUAGUGACAAGUCUUUCUACGGAGGCAUUUUUGGCGCAUUGUGGCGGAUUGAGGGAAGCAGCUGUGAAGGUAGCCAAACAGCGUCUCAAUGCGGUAACACAAGGAUUGACUUUGACCUUCGAAGAAAGUUAUACAUUGCUCACGGAGAUUGAAGCAGUUAUGAAUUCGAGACCUCUCACUCUAUUAUCAAGCGAUCCAGCAAGUCUUGAGGUCUUGACUCCUGCUCAUUUUUUGAUCAACGACUCAUCGAUUCAGCCAGUUCAGCCUGAAUUAUUGGAUAUUCCUGAUAAUCGUUUAAGUAGAUGGCAAUUGCUCCAAAAGGUUAGACAAGAUUUCUGGAAACGGUGGAGCUUGAAGUAUUUACAAGAGCUUCAAAAGCGUUCAAAGUGGUGUUCUGGAAGUGAUUCAAUAUCAACUGGAGCAAUGGUACUACUGAUGGAAGAUAGCACCUCACCUUUACAAUGGAAUUUAGGACGUGUAAUGGAAGUUCACCCUAGCAACGAUGGAAUAGUGAGGAAAGUGACUGUCAAAACGCAGACAGGAUUGUUCGUCAGAUCAGUUCGUAAAUUGUGUCCUCUUCCAAUGGACUCCCAGUUCCAAAACUCUUGA